AUGCGCUUCCAGACUCUCAGCCCUAUUGCUCUCCUUGCCGCCGCCGUCGAAGGCUACUGGAUCAAUGAAAUCCAGGUCCCCGAGACCAUUGCCGUCGGUUCUCCCUUCACCAUCAAGUUCCUGACGGCCCCUUCGCCCGUCAAGAUUGACUCUGUCGCCAUGACCUUUGGCCUUGUAACCACCGAGGACCUUCUUCUUCCUCAGCUCGGCGCUGAGCUUGGUUCACUCUUCCUUGCCAACCAGGACGCCGCUCAGGGCCCCUUCGACCGCCAGCUCGUCAUGCGCGGCGACGCCAAGCACGGCGAGACCACCAUCAGAAUCGCCAACUUCCGCAAGCAGGGCGCUGACCAGUCCGUCGCCAUUGAGAACUGGCAGGUCAACGUUACCAUUGCCGAUUCUACCAGCAGCAAGUUUGUUUCUGCUGACCCUAUUGCCACCCACUAA